UUUGAGAUCUCCCACUCCCAGUUUGGGAUCUCCCACUCCCAGUUUGGGAUCUCCCACUCCCAGUUUGGGAUCUCCCACUCCCAGUUUGGGAUCUCCCAGUCCCAGUUUGAGAUCUCCCACUCCCAGUUUGGGAUCUCCCAGUCCCAGUUUGGAGUCUCCCACUCCCAGUUUGGUUUCUCCCAGUCCCAGUUUGGAGUCUCCCACUUCCAUCCCAGUUUAGGAUCUCCCACUCCCAGUCUGGGGUCUCCCACUCCCAGUUUGGUUUCUCCCACUUCCAGUUUGGGAUCUCCCACUCCCAGUUUGGGAUGUCCCAGUCCCAGUUUGGGAUGUCCCACUCCCAGUUUGGGAUGUCCCAGUCCCAGUUUGGGAUGUCCCACUCCCAGUUUGGGAUCUCCCAGUCCCAGUUUGGGGUCUCCCACUCCCAGUUUGGGGUCUCCCACUCCCAGUUUGGGGUCUACAAGUCCCAGUUUGGGAUGUCCCAGUCCCAGUUUGGGAUGUCCCACUCCCAGUUUGGGCUCUCCCAGUCCCAGUUUGGGAUGUCCCAGUCCCAGUUUGGGCUCUCCCAGUCCCAGUUUGGGAUGUCCCACUCCCACCCGGGAUCUUCAUCCACCCCCCUCCUCCUCCUCCUCCUCCUCCUCCUCCCGUUCCCCCGGGACCUUCAUCCACCCACCCCGCCCUCCUCCUCCUCCUCCUCCGCUAUCCCCGGAAAAACUUUUCCUCCUCCGUCAUCCCGGAGCCUUCAUCCACCCCCGCCCUCCUCCUCCUCCUCCUCCGUCAUCCCGGGACUUUCAUUCCUUUCCUCCCCGUCAUCCCGGGACCUUCAUCCACCCUCCUCCUCCUCCUCCUCCUCCUCCUCCUCCCAGCCGUUACCCGGGACCUUCCUCCCUCCUCCUCCUCCUCCCGCUCCUC